AUGGGGUCGACUAACUUGGAUAUAGAGCAAAAGGUCCUCGCUGGUUCCCCAGCCACUCGCGAGGAACGAUUCAAUUCCUACAUAUCACCUUGUCCGGAGAAAGAGCCUUAG